UCGGCCGCCAUGAGCCACCAUCCGUCGGGCCUCCGGGCCAGCGUCAGCUCCACUUCAUACCGCCGCACCUUCGGGCCGCCGCCCUCACUGUCCCCCGGCGCCUUCUCCUACUCGUCCAGCUCCCGCUUCUCGGGCAGUCGCCUGCUGGGCUCAGCGUCCCCGAGCUCCUCGGUGCGCCUGGGCAGCUUCCGUGUCCCCCGGGCGGGCGCGGGCGCUCUCCUGCGCCUGCCCUCGGAGCGCCUCGACUUCUCCAUGGCCGAGGCCCUCAAUCAGGAGUUCCUGGCCACGCGCAGCAACGAGAAGCAGGAGCUGCAGGAGCUCAACGACCGCUUCGCCAACUUCAUUGAGAAGGUGCGCUUCCUGGAGCAGCAGAACGCGGCCCUGCGCGGGGAGCUGAGCCAGGCCCGGGGCCAGGAUCCGGCGCGCGCCGACCAGCUGUGCCAGCAGGAGCUGCGCGAGCUGCGGCGGGAGCUAGAGCUGCUGGGCCGCGAGCGCGACCGGGUGCAGGUGGAGCGCGACGGGCUGGCGGAGGACCUGGCGGCGCUCAAGCAGAGGCUGGAGGAGGAGACGCGCAAGCGGGAGGACGCAGAGCACAACCUUGUGCUCUUCCGCAAGGACGUGGACGAUGCCACCUUGUCCCGUCUGGAACUAGAGCGCAAGAUUGAGUCUCUAAUGGAUGAGAUUGAGUUCCUCAAGAAGCUGCACGAGGAGGAGCUGCGAGACCUGCAGGUGAGCGUGGAGAGCCAGCAGGUGCAGCAGGUGGAGGUGGAGGCGACGGUGAAGCCGGAGCUGACGGCGGCGCUGAGGGACAUCCGCGCGCAGUAUGAGAGCAUCGCGGCGAAGAACUUGCAGGAAGCGGAGGAGUGGUACAAGUCCAAGUAUGCGGACCUGUCCGACGCCGCCAACCGGAACCACGAGGCCCUGCGCCAGGCCAAGCAGGAGAUGAACGAGUCCCGACGCCAGAUCCAGAGUCUGACGUGCGAGGUGGACGGGCUGCGCGGCACGAACGAGGCGCUGCUCAGACAGCUGCGAGAGCUGGAGGAGCAGUUCGCCCUGGAGGCGGGCGGGUACCAGGCGGGCGCCGCGCGGCUCGAGGAGGAGCUGCGGCAGCUAAAGGAGGAGAUGGCGCGGCACCUGCGCGAGUACCAGGAGCUCCUCAACGUCAAGAUGGCCCUGGACAUCGAGAUCGCCACCUACCGGAAGCUGCUGGAGGGCGAGGAGAGCCGGAUCUCCGUGCCGGUCCAUUCCUUUGCUUCCUUAAGUAUAAAGACGACUGUGCCCGAGGUGGAGCCUCCCCAGGACAGCCACAGCCGGAAAAUGGUUCUGAUCAAGACCAUUGAGACCCGGGAUGGGGAGGUGGUGACAGAGUCCCAGAAGGAGCAGCGCAGUGAAGUGGACAAGUCUUCUACUCACAGCUACUGA